CUGUAAUUCUAUAUACUCUAUGCAAACGGCAAAAUGUUUAAAUAGUUGUUCAUACGAUCAAAUAAUUAUAAGUCUACAAACACCCGGUCCGAAACAGGCUUGAAGCAUGAUAUCUCUGCUACAAAUUCUUCUGAUUGGAAUUCUCUUUAAUUUGGUAGCAUCCAAACCAUCCAAAGAUGCGGAAGAAUUGUACGACGACAUUUUUGGAAGUGAUGAAUCGUCAGAGAUGGAGGAAGCGAAAAUACUAAAACAAAUGCAAGAAUACCGAUCUAAAAUAAUAGAUGGUCUGAAGCCAGGAGCUUGCUACAGGGUUGAUCAACACGGUCGGGUUACAGACAAGGGCACGAACGGCGAGAUUGUCAACAAAUGUGGUCCAGGAUUCAAAUGUGAAGAAUCUUGUCCAACAUGCAGGAUGUUCAAGGUUGGGCUGCCAAAAGGAGUGAACCCAUCAGAACUGAAGUGCACUAAAAUUAACAAAAGAUCCGCUGAUUACACCAGCGAUGAGAUCAAAGAAGCCAAAGCUCUAAAAGAACUGCUGAAGACCCAAGCUGAAACCCGUGCUAAAAUAAUAGAUGGUCUGGAACCAGGUUUUUGCUACAAGGUUGAUAGUAAUGGUCGGGUAGGCAAGGGCGAGAUCGUCAAUAAAUGCGGCCCGGGAUUCAAAUGUGAAUUAUCAGUAUUUAAAAGGCUGUGCUGCCAAAAGGUGUGAACCCAACGGAUCUGAAGUGCACUAAAAUUAGCAAACGAUCAGCUGAUGAGGAAAGAAUGCAGACCAAACCUCCAAAAAUAUUAUUAAAAUUUAUAGAUUAAUUCAUCGCUUUUUUCAUCAAACCUACCAACUGUUCACCAUGAAAUAAAAUUGGAAGUCAGAAUUAAAACAAACAGUG